CAGAUACUACUGUAGCUGCCACAGUCAUCAUGAACGCUAAGGUCCUGCUCCUGGUUUGUUUUGCAGCCGUUGUUGCUGCGGACAGUUUUGAAUCCGCCGAAUCAGGUGAAUACAACUUCAACUGGGCCGUCAAACACGACGAUUCCGGCAACGACUUCGGCCACCAGGAAGCCCGCAAUGGAGACGACACCCAGGGAUCCUACUACGUGCAGCUCCCCGACGGCCGCCUGCAGACCGUCAGGUACGUCGUGGACGGCGACAACGGCUACGUGGCUGAGGUGAGCUACGAGGGCGAGGCUCGAUACCCCGACUCCAAUGAAUCAAAGUGAAGAGAUUCUGUUGGCCUCUACGUGGACUGAAGCGACCCGGAAUAUACCCAGUUUAAUAGUCUGUCUAACGUUAGUUAGACAGACUAUUAAUGCCAACUUUAUUCCCACAAGUCUUUUCAUUUUUGUUAGACAAUGUUUUCGCAAGGAAACCGAAUGUUGUAGAUAUACUUUAUUUAUUAUUGUUUUCCUAUAAAUUGUCUCCUCUGCAA